AUGUCCGAAGUCAGUCCCCUUGCAGAGCUGCUCGGGCAGGCUCUGUACCACUUCGAUCGCGUUAAGCCCCUCCUUCCGACCUACGGACAUCUGCUCGUCUCUGCUCUAUUUCCCAUCUGGAUUGGAUCCCAUUCCUCCUUGUCGAGACCCUCGUCUGCCGCCAAACCCCCCAAGAAGAAAGACACCGCGAAGGAAGAUUCUGAUACCGAAGAUGAUACCGAGGACGAACAGGGCUCAAUGCCGAAGAUGGAGGGACUGGAACCUUCGGAUGCUCUGAUGUUCCCCUUGACUGCAGGCUUGACAUUGGGUGGUUUAUACAUGGUGAUCAAAUGGCUCGAAGACCCAGCGAUUUUGAACAAGAUCCUCAGUUUCUACUUCUCUCAAAUGGGCCUGUUCUUUGCAAUUGCCUUCUUGAAAGACAGCUCGUUGACUGUGCGGUCCUUUUUCUUCCCUGCUUACUAUCGCCAUCGAGGGCAGCUCUGGAGGGUAAACCAGUCCGAGCGUGUUUUCAAGACCUCGGAGACAGGCCAGGUCCGUCAUUCACCACUCCCAGGAGCUUUCGGGACCAUCCCUCUUCCAGGACCGAUCCGGUCAGGGCUUUGGACUUGCCGCAACGCAGUGUAUCAGCAACUCAAACUCAGAACCUACGUACGGGGCCUCCUCGAGGUCAAAACUCUCGUUGGCCUUCUCGAUCUCUUCAGCGGGAUCGCCGCACUCUGCGCUGUGGGCUACUUUGCCUUUGUUACCAAACCAUGGUGGUUGACAAACUUCCUCGGAUUCAGCUUCUGCUACGGCGCCCUGCAAUUCAUGUCGCCGUCGACAUUUUGGACGGGCACCCUCAUCCUUGGGUCUUUGUUUUUCUACGACAUUUACUUUGUCUUUUUUACCCCGCUGAUGGUCACCGUCGCGACCAAGCUAGAUGUUCCCAUCAAGCUGCUGUUCCCCCGGCCACCAACGCCCAGCGAGGCACCAGAUGCUCAGUCAUUGGCCAUGCUGGGUCUUGGAGAUAUUGUCAUUCCCGGCUUGAUGAUCGGCCUGGCUCUCCGCUUUGACCUUUUCCUCUAUUACCAGCGAAAAGGUGCCCAGAAGGCACAGGUGGAAGGCGACGAGAAAGAAGCGAUCAAGCCGCAGUAUCAGAAGGCUACUGGUGCUUGGGGAGAGCGGUUCUGGUCGCCGUCCAUUGUGCCCCAGGAGUUGGAACUUCAGCCUCCCUACCAUGAUGCACGGUCUUUCCCGAAGAUCUACUUCAACGCUAGCCUGAUUGGCUAUGUUACUGGAAUGGUUACCACUCUUCUUGCGAUGCAAUAUUCGAACCAUGCUCAGCCUGCUCUCCUGUAUCUGGUUCCCGGUGUCCUCGGCUCACUCUGGGGCACCGCGUUCUUCCGAGGAGAGACUCGCAGCAUGUGGGACUUUUCUGAUGCCGAGGUAGAAGAGUCAGAGGAGAAGACGGACGAGAAAAAGGAAGAAGAUAAAGAUUCUACCCAGGGACCCAAGAGCCUCUUCAUGCGUAUCUUGUCCGGUGAUUUGAAGUCUCUCACAUCCUCCGAGGGCCCCACUCAGGAGAAGAAAAAUGAAGAUAAGACUCCUGAGACAGCGUCCAAGGCAGAUGGAGCCGAAAAAGAUAAAUCUGGUGCGAAGAAGGACCAAGACAAAAAGACCCGCGACGACAAGGAUGUUAUUUCCAUCUCCUUGUCUUUUCAUCGCAAGUCCAAGCCCGCCACUGACUCGGCCUCAAAAGAGUCGGCCAGCGAAGACGAUGAAAUGGUGACGGUGUCUGGAGCUGAGCGGGACACCGAGCCGCCGCUGAAGAGAAGACGGCGCAGUCUGAAGGCGGAGCUCGAGGAGUAA